CUGGACCGACUUAACAAAAACUAAACCAUGGAGAUGAUGCAUUUCUCUUUGCGCCUUUUGCGCUACUGAGGAUUCAAAUUUGUGCACUGGAGUCGCUGAUAUGGACCGGAGAUCCUCGAGGACACAAUGGACAUUAAUGAGACACGCACUUUGCCUGUUUCUGUGCACGGGCGCAAUGGACCUGGUUUUUGCGCAAAUGCGCUACUCAAUUCCAGAAGAGCUGGAACACGGGGCAUUCGUCGGAAAUAUUGCGGAGGAUUUAGGCUUAGACGUGGCGAAACUGUCAGCACGUCGGUUCCGGAUAGUAUCAGGCGCCAAGAAACAAUACUUAGAGGUGAAUUUAGAAAACGGCAUUUUGUUUGUAAACGAAAAGAUCGAUCGCGAGGAACUGUGCGAGCAAAGUCCAACUUGUUUUUUGCACUUGCAAGUCGUCAUCGAGAAUCCACUGGAGCUCUACCGUGUAGAGGUGGAAAUUCUGGACGUGAACGACAACGCUCCGAGUUUCCCGUGGAGCGAAUUCAACCUGGAGAUCACGGAGUCAGCGGCGCCGGGCUCUCGCUUUCCACUGGAGAGCGCGCAAGACUUGGACGUCGGCACCAACUCUCUCCGCUCGUACCAACUCAGCGCAAACGAGCACUUCGCCUUGGAUAUUCAGACGCGCAACGACGGCAGUAAGUUCGCGGAGCUCGUGUUAGAGACGCCGCUGGACCGAGAGCAAAAAAAGGCGCAUGACAUGGUGCUGACAGCCGUGGACGGAGGCUCUCCCGAGCGCUCGGGAACAGCAAAAAUCACAGUUACGGUGCUGGAUGCAAAUGACAACGUCCCUGUGUUCGACCGGUCCGUCUAUCGAGUCAGCCUUAUUGAAAAUGCUCCGAGAGGCACACUCGUGCUCAAACUUAAUGCCACGGACCUCGACGAGGGUCCAAAUGGCGAGAUUUCGUACUCGUUCAGCGGGCACGCACCGUUGAAAGUGCGCGAGUUGUUUAACGUGGACUCUUACACAGGAGAAAUAAGGGUAAAAGGGAUUGUGGAUUAUGAAAAGGCAAGCGUGUAUGAGUUAUACGUGCAAGCCAAAGACAAGGGUCCCUCUGCCGUAGCUGUGCACUGUAAAGUGCUGGUAGAUAUCACGGACGUGAACGACAACGCACCCGAGGUCAUCCUGACCUCCGUGUCUACACCUGUUCAAGAAGACGCGCCACCGGGGACUGUGAUCGCUGUGAUCAGCGUGAUGGACCGCGACUCGGGCGAGAACGGAAACGUGGACUGCGAAAUUCCAGGAAACGUCCCAUUUCAGCUCCACUCGUCGUUUAAGAAUUACUACACUUUGGUGACCAGCGAGUUUCUCGACCGAGAGAACGUGGCAGAGUACAACAUUACGCUGACCGCGAAAGACUUGGGCUCGCCGCCACUUUCAACCAAAAAAACGAUGCUUGUUACUGUGUCUGACAUUAAUGACAACCCUCCGCGCUUUGUUCAGCCGUCCUACACUGUCUAUGUAACCGAGAACAAUGCCCCUGGCGCUUCCAUUUGCUCGGUGACUGCCUUCGAUCCCGACUCCAAUCAGAACGCCUAUCUGUCUUACUCCAUUCUGGAGGGUCAGAUACAGGGCAUGCCAGUGUCCACUUACGUCUCCAUCAAUUCGGAUAACGGAAACAUCUACGCGCUGCGCUCCUUCGACUACGAGCAGCUCCGAAACUUUCAGAUCAGAGUUCAAGCACAGGACGCUGGCUUUCCGCCACUGCGAAGCAACGUGACGGUGAAUGUAUUCGUUUUGGAUCAAAAUGACAACGCGCCGGUCAUCAUUUCGCCACUGCCAAAAAACGGCACGGUGGCGACCGAGAUGGUCCCCAGGUCAGUGGACGCUGGUUACCUAGUCGCCAAAAUCACGGCGAUGGACGCUGACGCCGGGCAAAACUCGCGCCUGUCUUACCAAGUGCUCCAGGCGACUGAUCCCGGGCUUUUCAGCGUUGCCCUCUACACGGGUGAGAUCAGGACAAUUCGCCGCUUCGUUGAAAAAGAUGCCACCAGGCAGCGACUUGUCAUCCUGGUCAAGGACAACGGUCAGCCGCCCCUUUCGGCCACCGUCUCCAUCAUUCUGUCAGUGGUGGACAACGUGCCGGAAUCCCUGUCAGAUUUCGGCGACCUCACUCUAAACCAGCCGCCUCCGUCCAAUCUCGCCCUUUACCUAAUCGUGUCACUGAGCACCAUUUCGCUCAUCUUCCUAAUAGCAAUCAUUGUGCUCGCCUCUGUCAAAUGCUACAAAGAUCGCGACGCGCUCAACGGCUUCGGUCUCUCCACAGUCGGGGCCGCCUGCUGUGGUAUAGAGCCAGAGCCCCCGACUGAAGUGUUCAAAAAAUCCAACUUAAAUCUACAGAUAUCCACCGGCGCCAAAGUGCCCACGAACUGUAUGGAGGUGAACAGCACGAACACACUGUCUCAAGCGUACUGCUACAAGGUUUGUCUGACACCAGAGUCGGCCAAAAGCGACUUCAUGUUCCUGAAGCCGUGUAGUCCCGAAACGCCGAGGAACAAUGCCAAUCCAAAGGGUGCUGAUACGCUUGGCUGGAACGCGCAAAACCGGAAUAAUGGAGCAACUACUCCCAGUGAGCUGAAGCAACCAAAUACAGACUGGCCUCUCACAAAGAAUCAAACGUCCUCUCUUAAAAGCUACAAUUCUAUCAAUAUGGAUGGGACUUUAAUGCGCAAGGCAAUGCAAACCGACCCAGAAAAUUUUGUCAGCCCGAUGGCAGGCCAGUACUGGACCUGGGGGAACCAUAUGCGUGGUCCCAAGGUUGACCACUCUGCCACGUCCACCUUGCACCAUCCGACCGCCACUUUGCACCACCCCACCACCGAGUACAGGACGUCUCCCCCCAACGCCGCCGCUCCCCCGCGGGCCUGGACCCCUCGCUACACCCCCCCUCAGCAGCCCGCCCUCCAGCAGGCCCAGCCGUCCCCCCACCCGCCGCCGCACCCGUCACACCCGCCGCACCCGUCGCACCCACCGCCCGACUACCAGCACAACGUCUACAUCCCCGGCACGCCGUCUGCCGUGUGCACGCUCGGGCGGCCCAGCCACCGGACCAGCGAGCUGGACGUGCACAACGCCUUCUCCACCUUCGGCAAGAAGAGGCGCUUCCACGCCAGCCACUACGAGCAGCGCGACGAGACGCCCACCCCCGAGGUCAUCAACAAUGACCUGUACAACAACUAGCGGGGCCUGGCUGACCGCACAGGCCGGUGGUGGUGGUGG